AUGGUGGACACGCAGCAGCUCCUGGCCUGGCCUGUUGGUUUCAGUCUGAGCACCGUCGACCUACCAGAGCUGGACGAUAGCCCACACUGCCUCGACAUGAAACAUUUGUCCACGUCAGACUAUGCCUCCGUUUCCUCCUCCUCCAUCCCUUCCUCCUUGUCUCCCCCGCUUAUGUCCUCCAUCUCAUCCGCUGGAAUGGCCUAUGACCUUAGUCCACCACAGAGUGAAGAACACCUGACCAACAUGGACUACACAAACAUGCACAGCUACAGGACAGAGCCGGACACGAACAAUUGCAUCAAGUUGGAGCCAGAGUCCCCGCCACAGUACUCAGACAGCCCAGUGUUCUCUAAAGUUCCCGACGAUGCAUCAGCAACAACAUUAAACAUCGAGUGUCGUGUGUGUGGAGACAAAGCAUCCGGGUUUCACUAUGGUGUCCAUGCCUGUGAAGGCUGCAAGGGUUUUUUCAGACGCACAAUCAGAUUAAAACUGGUGUACGAUCAUUGUGAUCUUCACUGUCGCAUUCACAAGAAGUCCCGCAAUAAAUGCCAAUACUGUCGUUUCCAGAAGUGCCUUAAUGUUGGCAUGUCGCACAACGCCAUCCGUUUUGGCCGAAUGCCUCAAGCAGAGAAGGAGAAACUACUGGCUGAAUUCUCAUCUGACAUGGAGCACAUGCACCCUGAGGCAGCAGAUCUAAGGGCUCUGGCCCGGCAUCUGUAUGAAGCCUAUCAGAAAUACUUCCCCCUCACCAAGGCCAAGGCCAGGGCCAUCCUCUCUGGGAAGUCAGGAGACAACGUGCCAUUCGUCAUCCACGAUAUGAAGUCUCUGAUGGAGGGGGAGCAGUUUAUUAAUUGCAGUCAGGUACCUGUCCUGGACUACCAGCAGCAGACCUCCACCCUUAGCUCAGGACAUGGAGGGAUCACAGGGGCACACCCAGGGUCAGAUUAUGGACUUUUGGGCAUGAUGAGCAUCGACGGACAGGUAUCACCAGACGCCCUGGAGCUGCGCUUCUUCCAGAGCUGUCAGUCACGCUCAGCAGAAGCAGUGAGGGAAGUGACGGAGUUCGCCAAGAGUAUUCCAGGAUUCAUCAGCCUGGAUCUCAACGAUCAAGUAACGUUGCUGAAGUAUGGAGUGAUUGAAGUCCUGAUCAUCAUGAUGUCGCCUCUGAUGAACAAAGAUGGCACCCUGAUCUCCUAUGGACAGAUUUUUAUGACACGGGAGUUCCUCAAGAGUCUCAGGAAACCUUUCUGUCAAAUGAUGGAACCAAAGUUUGAGUUCUCUGUCAAGUUUAACACGCUGGAGCUGGAUGACAGUGACAUGGCACUGUUCCUGGCAGUAAUUAUCCUCAGUGGGGACCGGCCCGGUCUGCUGAACGUGAAGCCCAUCGAGCAGCUGCAGGAGACGGUUCUGCACUCGCUGGAGCUCCAACUGAAGUUGAACCACCCCGACUCCCUACAGCUGUUUGCCAAGCUCCUUCAGAAGAUGACGGACCUUCGUCAGAUUGUCACCGAUCACGUCCACCUCAUCCAGCUGCUUAAGAAGACAGAGGUGGACAUGUGCUUACACCCCCUGCUCCAGGAGAUCAUGAAGGACUUGUAUUAAAAUUCAACAUGAGCAGAGGACAAUUAUGGAGAAAAAAAUAAGAAUGGCAAAAAGACAGUAAAGUCGUUAAUUGUUAUGAAGCACUUCCCUUACAGUAAGUGCUUGGCUUGUAUGUCGAAAGAAGACUGACUGAAACUUAAAAGGAGAUGAGAUGAACAGGAAAAGAGAAAAUCAUGGAAAGAAAUGUCUAGUGUCAGAGUGUAAAGUCUUGUCUAGACAGCAUGUAUGCUAAUAACCUGUGGAGCACAGUCAUUUAUCCAUUGCCGAGCCUGGCCAUGUUGUUAUGAGCUGUCUGCCAAGUCAAAUACGAAACUACCACCGUUGAAGUACAUUGUGAAUAACUAAGUGAAAGACAGAAGGACGUCUUUAUUGUCAAACCACGAAUGCUUCAAAACAGAAAGCCUUGCGUGCCUUAAAGGGAAAUGUAUUUUACCUGAUCUCGUGCAGUAUGAUAUGAGUUGUUCACGUGCAGCUUGUCAACAUGUUGAGUUACAACCAUCAUAUGUAGCAGUCUGUCCAUGUAUCAAUACCUCUGUAAAUGCGCACAAUUGCAUCACUGCUCACACAAGCUUAAGCUUUGUACAAACAGUCGUUUUUCUGUUUUGGCAUCAAGGUGAAGGUGCUAUCUCAUUUUAAUCAGCUGCAUCCAAAAACAGAAAUCAGAUUAGUGCCUGUUGCAUAUUUUGGUCCCACACACCUUUAAGAAACUGUGAGAAAGAGUGGAGCAAACCCAGGCGCUUUACGACAUGAAAAUGUUAGCUCUUUUAUAGCCAACUUGACCAUGUCAGCCAUAUUGUGCCUGUAAGAUCUGAUAUUUAGCUUUUUAUAGAAUUAAUGUCGUUUUCAAACCUUUUUCUAUAUUAUGCAGACAAAAUGUAUAGUAUACAGCCAUUUGUUUGGUUUCUGUUUGCAUGACAUUGUCAGAUAGAAUUUGCUUUUGAGCCUUAGUUUUAUUUCAAAAAAAUUCUUAAAAUCUGUUCAGUUAUAAUUAUUACUGUGAAAUUUCUUUGUAUCUCUGGGAGCUGUGCAGACAUAGAGACUGGAUUGAUACCACUGAGGGGAAAGGAAAACUCAAUUAGCUGUAAAUAAAAUAUUUUCUAACUUUUUA